AUGCAUAUCCUACCCCACGAUGCCGAUUUUUCGGUGAAGCGGGCUAUAGACGAUGAUAAUCUAUGUGGAGAACUAGUCGAAGUCAAAAGCCGGUCGAUUAUUAGCCAUGCCCAGGUUUUCGACUCGUCGUUUGGCAAAUUCGAGUGGCGCUACGGUAGUCGGGAAGAAAGAAAAGCUUUUAAUGCGGAUUCGCUGCUCAUUCUGGAGCGCAUUGAUCGCAUUGUAUUACCGGAUGGCACAGAAACUAAGAGUGGCGCCAGAAUCGCUCAUCUUAUUCGAAACGACCAAUUCCGCACCCCCGGCUCUGUUAGGUACUCCGGAGGUAAUGGUGGUCGCUUAGUGAUGGAUCUGCGUAUGUGGAAGGACGAAAAGGAUGUCCACGCUGAAGGUGUAGAGGCUUUCUUUGUAGCGAGCUGUAUCUUGAUGCUGAAGAGAGAGGCGGAUCGUUUCAUCGAUAAUAAUAUCGCCGCUGUGACAUAA